AUCAACCACUAGUAAAUUCUGGUUUUAUGGACAUUAUGGUGAAUGCGCCACCGCAAAACGGUAUCUAUACUUGCGUCCCCGUCCGGGAUGUAGAGGCCGCCCCCCGCGUUUUCUCCCAAUUGACAAUUCCUGUCUUAAACAGCUUGAAGCUUGAAGUUUAAUAUUUGAUUCCUACUAGAGGCUUAUUGUUUGAUAAACAAAAAAAUUUGAAGCUAAAAUUGUAUGUAAAACUUAUACAUAAAGCGACAUGGCUGAAGAAACAGGGAGCAAAGUGGCAGCGGCUAGUUUGGAUGCCAGGAAUGGCAACUUCAUCUGUGGAGUGGUGGAAGGCUUCUAUGGUCGACCAUGGACAACAGAGCAACGCAAAGACUUAUUUCAGAAAAUGAAGAAAUGGGGAAUGGAUUCUUACGUGUACGCCCCGAAAGAUGACUACAAACACAGAGCCUACUGGAGGGAAUUGUACACUGUAGAGGAAGCUGAACAUUUGACUGGACUGAUACAAGCGGCCAAAGACCAAAACAUCACGUUCUACUACGCUCUAUCACCUGGACUGGAUAUAACAUACUCCAAUCAAAAGGAAACAACCACGUUGAAGCGCAAACUGGAGCAAGUCGCUGAGUUUGGAUGUACAGCCUUUGCCUUGCUCUUUGACGAUAUCGAACCCGAAAUGUCUGAGGCUGAUAAGGAGAUAUUCCAGACCUUUGCCCAAGCUCAAGUCUCGAUUACCAACGACAUUUACCAGCACUUAGGCCAGCCAAAGUUCCUGCUUUGCCCUACGCAAUAUUGCUCGACUAGGGCGGUCCCAAAUGUGGCAAAUUCCGAAUAUUUGAACACUUUAGGGUCGAAAUUGGCUCAGGAUAUUGACAUAAUGUGGACUGGAAACAAAGUGAUUUCAAGACACUUGGCCAACGAGAAUAUUCAGGAAAUUACGGACGUUUUGAGGCGGCCGCCUGUAAUCUGGGACAAUUUGCACGCAAAUGAUUACGACCAGAAGCGAGUGUUUUUGGGGCCAUACUCUGGAAGAUCGCCGGAUCUUAUCCCCAAGUUACGGGGAGUGGUCACGAACCCAAACUGCGAAUAUGGGGCGAAUUACAUAGCUAUACACACCUUAGCCCAGUGGUCCAGGUGCAAUUUGGAUGCUCAACGCGACUUUUCCAUAAAUGACUCGAUAUCGGCAGAUAUAAAGCUGGAAACUGAAACAGAAGACGGUCUAUCUGGCGAAGAUGUCCCAGUCACGCUGUCUCCUAACAUAUAUCAUCCCAAGCAGGCUUUGCGCAACGCAAUCAAGGACUGGUUGCCGGAAUUUUCCAAAUACAAGGCUGCUUGGGGCCCAAUAGCAAAGCCCCAGCCUGCAGUAGCAAUCGUUCCUGUGCCAAUUAUUCCAUCGAUCAACACGUGCAUGAGCCUGACGACUGGGACCACGACUUUGACGGCAAGUGGCGCAUCUCAGCCGGUAGUUUGCCCCAAUCAGCUGCAAGCGUUAGCCGAAGUUUGUAGCACUGUGUCUUCAGUGACUGAUACCAUUAUGACUCCUGGCCCAGGCCCGGUGAUGAACUCCCUGGUUUCGGACACCAAAGUCGUCACCAACGACUCCAUCCCCAAUCCCAUCGCGGCUGUUCCCAUUCCAAUACCAUUGGUGGAUGGCAGAAGCAAAAGCAUCACCAUACUGGAGGGGGCUGUAAUUAAAACGGACAAAG